GGCGUUCUUUCCGGGGGGUUAUGGGAGGGCUCUGGUGUCCGGGAUGGAGGUUCAUCACUUUGUGUGGCCGGGGCUGGAGCCAGCCCCGGUGGUCGGGCCGGACGGUGGUGAACGCAGAGCGGGCUCUUAGGCCGGGAUGGAAUGGGGUCGGAGGCGCGGAGCAGGGACUGAGACGCCUCGGGACAUGGAAGCGCCCGAGCGGGGCCCGGGGUCCCGUCGCGCAGCCGCCACGGCGGCCGAAGAGCAGCAACCCUUUCCAGCGGGCGCAGGAAGACGAGUGGCGGCGGCGGAACAAGACGGUGCUCACGUACGUGGCCGCGGCCGCCGUGGGCAUGCUGGGGGCCUCGUACGCCGCGGUGCCCCUCUAUCGGCUCUACUGCCAGACUACUGGACUUGGAGGAUCAGCAGUGGCUGGGCAUGCCUCAGACCAGAUUGAAAACAUGGUGCCUGUUAAGGACCGGAUCAUUAAGGUCACCUUCAAUGCUGACGUUCACGCCAGUCUCCAGUGGAACUUCAGACCUCAGCAAACAGAGAUCUAUGUGGUACCAGGAGAGACUGCACUGGCAUUUUAUAAAGCUAAGAAUCCUACUGACAAACCAGUAAUUGGAAUUUCUACAUAUAAUGUUGUACCGUUUGAAGCCGGACAAUAUUUCAAUAAAAUACAGUGCUUCUGUUUUGAAGAACAAAGGCUUAAUCCACAAGAAGAAGUAGAUAUGCCAGUGUUUUUCUACAUUGAUCCUGAAUUUGCAGAAGAUCCAAGAAUGGUGAAUGUCGACCUCAUCACUCUUUCUUACACUUUUUUUGAAGCGAAGGAAGGGCACAAGUUGGCAGUUCCAGGCUACAAUUGAAGUAGCUCCCAAGACCUGCAUCAGAUUUGCGAUUUUUGGAAAAUCAUGUAUUGUGCUUUCUCAGAAGAGAAUAUUCUACAGUAAUGUAUUUUGAAACCUUGUAUUUUAAAUGGUUUUGCCUUUCUUUCUUUGCAAUUCAUUUAUCCCACUUAAGAUUGAGAAAAGAAGUUCAAAACUCAGUCUGUGGUGAGAAAAUGCUGCUAUCCUGUGAUGGUGCUUAAGGGCAGGAAGUGAACACUGCUGUUUUAAGUAAUAGAAUAUGAACAUUCUUUAUAUCCCAAGCCUGGAGAGUAUAUGACUGCCCAAUGUACCACAAGUGUGACGAUUGAAAACUGCAUCAUGGGCCAGGCAGGUGAAUCAGUGGGUUGAAGUGUUUGCCACACAGGACUGACAACUUGAAUUCUGGUUGCUGGAACCAGCCUGAAAAGAGUGAGUGUAAUAGCUCACCUCUGUGGUCCCAGAGUUCUCACAGUGAGUAGGAGCUUAAGCCAGGAGGAUCGUUUUGCCUGUAUAUGCAUGCGCUGGCUGCCCACACAGAUGUAAAUUGCUUGAAUAGCCCUUCAUACCUGUAAUAAUGUCUCUGAAAACCUCAAGAAAGAAACUGUGUGCAACUCUUUGAGUUCAUAACAUGCAGGCUGCUCUUCCUUCAGUAUAAACUGACACCAUUUAAAAAUGUAUUUAUUUUCUCAGUAUGUAUGCAAGAUGAAUGCUACCCAUGCUGCAGCAGACAAUGUAGUGGGCAAGCUGUGGGAGAGCAUUUUCUCUUACUAUGGGGUCUCUGAGUAUGACAGGGUAGUGAAUGCCUUCAGCUACUGAGCUUUCUUUGGCUGAAUCAACAGUUAAAAGCUCAGUGUUAGAGGAGUCACUUGGUCCCAAGUUUGCAUUUUUAGUUCAAGCGUGUGGCUUUUCUGUUAGGCUUGAGUGCUGUUUUAUUCAGAGUACUGAAAAUAGAUGAUAACAUGGAAAUGAUGGUAUCAUGAUCUAACAGAAUUACACCUGCUGGCUAAGCUAGCAUUUACCACCAUAAUUCCAAGUUCAUUAACAUUAUCAUUGGAAGGGUGAAAUUGUGAAGACUUACUGGCAUAAAAGCUCAUUAAACUAGAAGACAGAACAAGAACAACACAACUCUGACAAAUUAAUAGUAAUUUAAUUUUACGUGAAUGAUGCAUUGCCCUGUUUUCCAGUAAUCUUUGUUUCAAAUCAGAAUGUGAAUUAUAAUAAAAGGCAAGAAUGUUUAACAUUAUAAAGAACUAACUACACCUAAAGGCCGCCUGAUGCAGUGGCCUCCUCAGGCACUUGAAAUACAAUUAAAGUCAUCAAGUCUUUCAAGCCAUUCUAAACCAAAAUGUUAUUUAUAAACAAGUACAAACUGAACUCUACAUUCAGAUUCAGUUCAAUAAAGGCACUCAUUUUCUUCCUUCCCCCAUCUGUUUACAAUGUUUUCUAAUAGGGUCUUAAAGUAACCCUGUCAUAGGUCUGUCAUGAUUUGCACUGGGUGCAAGCCUGCACAACAUAAGAGUCUACAGUUUAACCAAGUGGUCUAGUACUAGGCAGUUUUCCUUCUGCUGAAGUUGUUACAACCAGAUUUUCCUGAAAUCUUGAGCCAUUGUGAGGAACAGCAGUGUUGCCCAAAAAGUGUUAGCUUUUAUGUUGAAGUU